GGUCUCUCACCAUGUCAUUUACAGGAUCCAGUCAAGCUAUAGUUUAUCCAAAUAUGAUCUCUGCUCCAGACAAGCCAACAAAAGUCUUCGAAGGCGACACUGUGUCAUUUAGGUGGCACUACAAUUUAGGAGAUCUGAAGGAUGAUCUUUACGAGGUGGUUUUUGGUAUUUGGAAGAGUCCUGGGUUCCUGAAAACAAAAUUGAUAGCUCUCAACUCGAGUGGUUUUUCCUUCACAAGGCCUAAUCAGUCAUCAGUGGGUUGGGCAGGAAACUUGACAGCCUCUAUCGCAGUGUUUGAACUGCACUAUGUGACACUUGAAGAUGACAAAACGUACGGAAUACUGAUAGAUUAUGGUAUUCAGUACACUCCGUUGACCGACACCGUUGAGCUUCAAGUUGAGUCCAUACAAAGCUUCUCGGUAGACGUAGCAUGAGAGCAUCUGAGUUCUUUAGAUCAACGUCAAUUGUUUUACUGCGAUCUACUCUUAGUUUUCGGUCUUUCGUAGUGUCUCAAGAUCAUACAAUUGCAACGUUUCAAUCGCGUUGAAACUGAUUUUGUUGGCAGUAAUAGGCCUUUCUGUGUUUUUUCUUGCGCUAAUUCUAAUUGAAGGUGUCAAAUCAUGACAGAUACUUCUCUUUUGUCAAUCAUCUACUUGCUCAGAAACUAUUCCGUGUUAUAUGGAGAAUCUUGCCGUUGUCCUAGCGGAUUUGGGUCCGGACCCCCCUACAAUUGGACCCCCGGGAUCCAUAUCCGCUAGCGGAUUAUUACCCCCCCCUCCGCGGAUUUGGACCCCUUUAACAAAACUGAGUAAAAACAUUACCAUACAUAAUUUUCUAAUAGAAAUAAUAAUAAUUCAGAAAGAAGGCUUUCAAAGAUUUUCUUUUUCAGAAAGAAGGUUUAUAAAGUAGGUUUUUAUUUUAAAACAUACGCGUAGACGUUAUCUUUUUCUCAGCCUUGUGUCUCAAUUUAAGAUUUUCGUUAAAUUAACCUACAGCUGUAAGUUUGUUGUUUACCUCUGGAAUGAAAACGAAACGUAAAUUUUGAAAUCGUUUGUUUGUUUUCCAGUUCUCUUGAAAAAAAGUGAAAUAUAAAAUAAUAAAGACUGUUGAAUGCGUCAAAGCUUCAAUUAUUGUUUGUUUUGCUUCUGUGAAAUACCGAUUGCUCGAAUCUCGACUUUUCGAAACUUCCGAUAACUCCAACCAAAAGCCUUUAGUCAACGCAAUUUUUCGAAAUAAGCUUUAUUUUCACGAAGGUUCGAAAAAAUCGGGAAUUCGCUGUUCGUGUUCCACAACUGAUAUGCGUUGCGCCGCCUACUUUGUUUUAUACGGUUGAACAAUUUACUUCUUUAUGAAGUUGUUAUGUCGCUUUUCUUCGUUAAUUAUAGUACGCAAUCUUGUGUUGAAAUCAUAACAGACAUCGCCUAAAAGCUUGUAGUUGGAAUAAGUUACGAAAAUAGAAUGUUUAGAGGGGGGUCCAAAUCUGCGAAGGGGGGGUCCAAAUCCGCUAGCGGAUAUGGACCGGGGGGGUCCAAAUCCGCUAUGACAUCGUAAUUACAACUUCAAAUCACUAGGGUUCUUAAGGAAAGUAUUUCGUUGAGUUUAGAAAAAAAAAAGAAUAUUAUCCACCAGCCUAGGUCGGUCCGUACAUGGAAAAACUCUGCCCUCUGUCUUGAAUACCGCCCUCGGCCUUCGGCUUCGGGCGGUAUCCAAGACCUCGGGCACAAGGGACUUUUAGCACCGAAGGUUUUUUGGACGGCUACGGCGAUCUAGAUCGC